CUUAUUUGGACACCGCAGCUUCAUAUUGCCCUACUUUCCUGCACAACAAGAUAGAUAAUGUAACGGCACACCUUGAUAGACGCGAUAUUCGGAAGUUCUACUAUUCCGAGCCCAGUGUCCUUUAAAUUUUAUCCCCUCCCGCCUUUGCUUCUUGAGAUAGCAGCGGGGGACGUCGAAAGGGUUCGAAGCACGAGAUGGCCACGAGCGCAACGCUGCUGGCGAAGGUGGCGCAGGUCGAAGCGCUGCUCGCGCGCUGCAAUCAAACGCUAAGCUCGUCCACGCCUGCAAAGAGCUCGACGACGCCGUCGACGGAUGCGCCGAACCCGCUGCUCGUCCUGCGCGACACGGCGAAGCUGCUGCGCGCCCACGCCACCAAGAUUGGACUGCUGCUGAUCAACGAGCCGUUCACGCCGUCGGCGGUGCAGAAGGAGCUUGCGGCAUGCGAGAAGCUGUGCGUGCCGAGCAUGGUGGGUGCCGUGGGGGUGGUUCACCCACAGAUGUGGACGGAGUCGCUUGCGAAGGAGGCGAGGCUGAGAGUACAAGCCGCGACGGGCGCGUUCGGUAUCCUGCUGGCAGAUGUGAGGAGCAAGUGUCAAGGGGGAACCGUCAGGGUCGAGUCGGUGCAGCACAAGGAGAAGACGCUGGUCAGCACCGGGCAAGUAUGGGAGGCUUGCGAUGCGCUGGUGGAACUCGAAAGGCGAGGUUUGGUAGACGUCGUGCUGAAGAAGGCCAAGGAGCGCGAGGACAUGAUAAAGGAUGCGCUCGAAGAGCUGAAGGAAUGGCGCGAAGAUGAGGAAGAGCAAGACGAAGGCUUCGUGGCGGGCAGCGACGACGACGACGACGACGACGACCGGAACAGCGCAGAAGACUUGUUCGCGGGCGGCAGGCUCCCUGCUCACAGAGAGGACAUAAAGGAGCUGUUCGAUGCGGCGUUCAAACAACUCAAGCUCGUCAACAUGCUGUUCCAGGCCAUCAUCAAACGGCGGGCCAAGACGUUCACCGUGCCCGAGUACGAGGAUGCGUCGCGACGGUCCGAACGGAUCGCACGCGUAACGAGAGCGAACGACCUUCUGGAGCGAAUGCAGGCCAUUGGAGAGGGAGUGGACGAGCUCGCGGGCGCGUUCUACGAGCUCAACACGGAGCAGGCCAAGACGCAAUUACACAGCCUUGUCGUCAGCGCGCACGCUCUGGCCGACAGCAUGCAACGGUCGUGGGAGGACGGGGAGGACGAGUUCACGGGCUGGUCGAAGAAGUGGAAGGAGACGAUGAGGAAGCAAGAGCGCGAGUAAGGCAAGAGCGACGUGGCGGAAGGACAUCAGACACGCAUUUCUUGGUUGUAAGAAGACAGCAUCGCUUGGGGCGGAGAGAAAGGCGAGUUGGCGUGGCCCUCCCAGUAGAAAUAAAUUGUUACAUUUUUUUCUUGCAAGACCGACAAGAAAAAAAAAAUAAUUAGAGAACAUGCGGGACUGAAGUGCUACCA